CACGUGACGUCAAGAUGGCGAACGCUGCGAACGGUGUUACUUUCUCUGAGACUGGAUGCUGCAGGAAGCCGGAAGCGCCCUGGAAGGCCUGAAAGCCCCGAAGACCCUUGGAAAGCGAGCGUGACUCGGCGAGGCUCUUGGGGAGAAGGGCGUUUGGAAGAAGAAAACCGGGCUUUCCCUCUUCUUUUUACGAGUGAUCAUCGUCGAAAAAAGCAUUCAUUGCCAGAGCCCAAAGCUUGUUCGUAUCUAUAAGUAUAACGUCCCUUUUUAUGAUGGCGAGCUAUGGGACAAGAUCUGGGGGCCAGCAUGCACAUCGGCAGUUAGGAGACGGCUCCCAGGCGCGCUCCCAGGAUAUCCGUGAGGCCCUGAGCGAUUCACAGUGCUGCGACCUUAUCGACCUCAUUCUCAACACUGUGGAUUGCAUGGAAGACUUGCUCUGCCCCCGUGCGGAGCCAGAGAUGAAAGGGAGCCUAUCUCAUGGGAAUGCAUUGGACAGUGGAAAGGAAGACGUCGACCUCCUUGGCGGCGAGACAGGACAGCCACAGCGCCCCAAAAGACCUGUGAGGUCAGCUACCACGGUUGCGGCGAUAAAGGCGGAGGCGGAGGCGUCUCGACACUUCGGCUCGUGGAGAGAUGCAGUCUUAGCCAGAGUUAGGGAGGCUCUCCAGGGCCAGAAUGGGAGAGCACCUCUGCAACCUAUGAAAGCACAACAGUCUUUGAUUGAUUUGGAUGAAGGAGGGCUUGGACAACAGGACUGUGCGCUACAAGAACUACCCAGUGAAACCAAGGACUUGAUUGUCAAUUCCCUGCUCCUGAUAUUACUCAGUCUGGAGCACUAUAACGCACAUUCACGCGUCCUUCUUGUUAGAGUGGCCUUGCAACUCGGCCUACAAGUUGCAGAUGUGUCAGAACAUGAGAUAAAAGUCGCACAUGUGCUUCUGGAUAGUGUGAAGGAGAUGAACCAUGCCGAAGAAGAGCUCAAGCGCAGAGCAGAGCAGAGCAAGAUCAGCCGGAGAUGGAAAGUUAAGCUUGCGUCUGUGGCUGGCGCGGCGCUUAUUGGGGUGACUGGAGGUCUUGCUGCACCAUUAGUCGCCGCUGGCGUCGGAACUAUUCUGGGCGGCCUAGGACUUGGAGCAACUGUUGCUGCUGGAUAUCUUGGCGCUGUUGCCGGUAGUACUAUCAUUAUCGGUGGACUGUUUGGUGCUUAUGGUGCCAAAAUGUCCGGGAGGAUGAUGGAUCGUUACGCAAGAGAGGUAGAGGACUUUGCCUUUCUACCUCUUGGUUCUACUCCAAAACCUGCCUCGGAGCCCACAAAAGCAAGGCCCCCGUCUUCGGAUAAUAGACUUAGGGUGACUAUUGGAAUCAGCGGCUGGCUUACCGAAGGAAAGGACGUAAUAGAACCAUGGCGAGUUCUUGGCCCCGAUUCAGACGUUUUUGCUCUUCGAUGGGAGCUGCAAGCCCUCCUACGACUAGGCAGCUCCCUGACGACCUUUGUAAGGAAUACUGCUUGGACAUUUGCUGGGAGAACCGUACUUAGCAAGACAGCUCUUGCACCCGUCGUAGGAGCAGUAAUGCUCCCCGUCACCAUCUCGAAAAUCUCAUACAUCCUCGACAACCCUUUCAAUGUUGCCAAAGUCCGUGCGGACAAGGCAGGUCAGAUCCUCGCAGACGCCCUUAUCAACAAAGCUCAGGGCGAGAGAUCAGUCACUCUAAUAGGAUACUCACUCGGAGCUCGCGUCAUUUUCUCCUGCCUCAUCGCCCUUGCAAAGCGACGGGCAUUUGGAUUAGUAGAGUCUGCCAUUUUGAUCGGCUCCCCUACUCCGUCUACCACUUCCCACUGGCGACUGAUGCGAUCCGUUGUCAGCGGCAGGCUUGUCAACGUCUAUUCAGAAAACGAUGGAAUCCUCCAAUUCCUCUACCGCGCAAACAGUAUGCAGCUUGACAUUGCCGGUCUUGAAGCCAUAUCUGGUAUCCAAGAAGUGGAGAAUUACGACGUCACCGGUAUCGUCAGUGGCCAUUUACAGUAUCAGUUCUCAAUUGGCAAGAUACUGCAGCGGAUUGGGUUUGAUCAUCUAGAUGAACGUGAGAUACAGAGACAGGAGCAUAAGCUUGAAAUUAAUGAGGAAGAGAUGAAGAAUCUUGAGGAGGAGAGGAUUGCUACCGCUAGAGCUGCCCAGACAUCAGGUACUGCUACCAAGGAGACUGCCAUUAAGGUACAGGAAGGUCAACCGAGGACUGGACCUAGUGUGGAUGUUAGUUCUGUUGCUCUCGCUGGUGCCCUAUCUGGAGCUGCCACUGCUACUACUGGUAUUGCAGCUACUGCAGGCACUGCUGUCGAUGGUGCGGAUGGUGACCACGUUGACGAUACAGAUGACGAGGCUCCUGCCCGCAUAAUGAUGGUUGACAAUGAUGGCAUUGAACUUGACGACUCAUCAGAUACGAAUGAAUGUCCGUAUCCUGACAUUGAACCUGAACAGUUAGAGCGGGAUAUUGAAGAAAUGACCAGGCAGCGACUUCUGAAUGCUAGAAUGGAUGGUAUCCAACUUGAAGAUAACUAUUAAUUGUUUUCCUACGACGGUGUUGGAAAUAGCAUAGAGAUACAUUCUAAGGCAUUAGACCGAUAAUAAUAUCUAUCCUAUCAAUUUGUAUUAAUGCCUCGUUUGCCACUCCGCCAGCUAUCAAUUUUAGGCCCACUCUGACAGUCGGUCCACAUGGGAGCGAAGAAAUGCAACCGCUGCGUUUGCCACGGCAUGUCAAGGUCCCAUAGCUCAGUUGGUUAGAGCGUCGUACUAAUAUGAAGUUAAUGCGAAGGUCGAGAGUUCGACCCUCUCUGGGACCAUAGGUUCUGAUUCCUUUUUUUGUCCAUUUCCAAGCAAGUUCUUUUUUUUUAUAUUGGAAAUAUAUUCGGGGCUCUUAGGCUUUUCGGACUUUUU